GACCCAGAACGCGGAAAAACCAACGAAACAUCCUCGGAGCAGGCCGCGCGCCCGCCGGCGGAAGCGACGAGUCGACGACGACCGCGCCGGCACGUACUCACAAACCCGCCCCGCCGGCCACCCGCGCCUUCCCCGCCCCUGACGCCCUCCCAACGAAAUGACCUCCCGGAGACAUUUAUAAACUCCCCCCGCGCGCGCUCCCUUCCACGCCACCACUUCGCGCGCCCGACUUCUCGCCUCACCUCUCCCCUCCCCUCCCCCCGCACUCCACGCAAGCCAGAGCACGCGCACGCAACCGAUCAACGGCGCCAAACAAAACGGCACGCGACGAUCAGCGAGGGCCGCGAGGAGGCAGCAGCAGCAGAGGGAUUGGAAUCGGAUGGUGUUCAGCGGCGCGUGGCUGGUGGCGGCGGCGCGGGUGCCGGCGGAGCUGUGCCAGGGGCCGCCGCGGCCGGGCCAGCGGCGGCGGCUGCGGGCCGACGAGGUGCUGCGCGCGCUGCUCACGCCGCCCGCGCGGGAGCUGGAGCGCCUGGCCGAGUGCCUCUACGUCUUCUUCUGCCUGCCGCUGCCGGAGCCGGACCAGUACUACGUGCCGGCGUCCGGGCGCGGGGGCUGGAUGGCGCGCCGGCCGCCCGGCGCCGUGCUGUACAGCUACCGGAGGUCCCUCUCGCUCUCCUCCGACGGCGGCUCGUCGUCGUCCACGUGGAUGGGCGGCUCCGACGAGGAGGGGCUGUAUUACUCGGACGACUAGGAAAGCCGUGAUGUGCAUGUGUAGCGAUCGUCGUGUCGGGCUUGUGUUAGCUAGGCGGUGCUGCCGUUUUGUCCGUUCCAUUCUUUGUAGUAACUCUAUAAACGCUGUACAUAUUGGCUUGGUUGGUUGGCUCCAGCGAGAAAUCAAGACGGUUUUUCA